AUGAUGAAGAUCAGCUUUGUUUCCAUGGUACUGAUUGGUGCCGUCUUCUGUUCGACAAUCACGCUUGCCCAGCUCAACCAGGCCAUCCCGGCAAGAGCAUCCGAUACGUCGUGCACUGCGGUCAACACACCCAGCGAGUGCGCGCCCAACUCGCGCGCAGCCACAGCUAUCAACAAGGCAAUUGCCAAGUACGGAGUGACCGGGCGCGGCGAAAUCAUCGCAAUCAUCUCGCUGAUGGCAUUCGAGUCGGCUGACUGGCAGUACAACAUCAACCAUUUCCCAGGGCGCGCAGGUCAAGGGACACGCGCUAUGCUGAUGUACAACUGGAUUGAGCAGUACGCCAAGCAGAUCCAUGCACAGGACGCAUCCAAGUUACUUGCCACUGCUGGGGCCGGCAAUACAGAGGCAAUGAACAAAGUGCGCAAGCUGGUGCUGGGAGACGACGACAGCUUUGGCGCGGCGUUCUGGUAUCUUGUGACUGCAGCGCCCGCGUACCACAACAGCCCGAGCAAGCUGCGCGAAGGCAAUGUUGAGGACUUUAAGGACUAUGUCGUUAAUGGCGUGGGCGCCGGCUGGGAGAACGAACGCCAGAGCGUCUGGGCAAGGGUCAAUAAUGCACUGAGCGCAUAG